AUGGUACACUCGAUCCAAAACUACCACGAGAAACAAUGAAGUGCUUCGCGAUUCUGCUGUUGGCAACCGCCGUGUUGGCGGCCGAGAAGUCGGGAGACGCGAAGAAUCACGACAAACGGAGUGUGGCGGGUGAUCAUGGUUACGGUCUAAGCGGUAUCACGAGCUACGGUUUAGGCGGUAUCUCAGGUUACGGUUUAGGUGGUAUCUCAGGUUAUGGUUUAGGCGGUAUCUCGAACUAUGGUCUAGGAUACGGUCUAGGAGGAUACUCGACUGGACUCGGCACAAAAGUACUCGGGUCGGGUCUCUCAGGAAUUACCCUGGGUAACAACCUCGCUUCCGCCUAUGCUUCUGGAUUAGGAUAUGGUCUAGGAGGUUCUUACGGAGGAUACUACGGAGGUUAUAGUAGCCCUUCUUAUCUCAUCGGUGCUGGUCACGCCACCGGAUUCAAUGCAUUACCCAGCUUGGCGCAUGCUAAAACUGAACGCAUCACCGGUCUUACUGUGCACCGCGAAGUCCAAGUGCCAGUUCCGGUGCCACAAGCAAUUCCAGUCGAAGUACCCAAAGCCGUACCCGUCCCACAUCCCGUACCUUACAAAGUAGACCGUCCCUACCCCGUUCCAGUAGCGCAACCAGUACCUGUCCCUGUCACUCGACAUGUACCCCUAAAGGUUGACCGUCCCUAUGCCGUUCCAGUAGUGCGACGCGUCGAAGUACGCGUACCACAACCGAUACCGAUUCCAGUAUCGCAGCCGGUACCCGUUACAAUCCCCGUCACGAAACACGUGCCAGUUUCCGUGCCAUCUACCAUCGCAUCAUCGACUAUUGGCUUCGCAUCUGGAAUUGCGCCCACUGAAUACGUCGGCUUAGGAUCCGGCAGUCUGGGAUCCAUUUCGGGUACGACUCUGGGUACCGGACUGACUACCGGUUAUCUCGCCAAUGGCUUGGACAGCGGCGUCAUCUCAAGCGGUUUCUCCAGCGGUCUCGCCACUAAUGGUGUGGAACAUAUUGGACUUAGCAGCGGCGUGGAGCAUGUUGGACUCAGCAACAUACACCCAACUGGGUACACCGGCAUUGUACACCCAACUGGGUACACCGGCACAUUUGGAUCUACCGGCACGUUUGUGGCGUCUCACGAUGCUCUCAAUGCCGAAUAUCCAUUGAAGAAGUGGUAAACUCAAUUCGACAACUCGAUUGGACGUGUGUCUUUUAAAGCGCUUCUCGGGCGUAAUUUACGGAUCGAACGUGCACAAAUACCAAUUGUGUUAUGUACGUUGUCGAAUAAAUUUAUUUUUAUACACAUUAUCUCACACGAUUGUCAUUUAACUGUAUUAUGUGCAGUUAUGCAAUUACAACGGCUUUCUUUUACUUUGAAAUAACCAUUCAGAUCCUCAAUAUUCUUUAACGUUUACAAUAUUCUUUUACAUCUUUUUGUUAAAUAAUUUUGCCAGAGAUCUGAACAAUUAUCUUCUUUACACAAUUUCUCUUAUCUCUCAAUAUGUUUUUGAUGUAAGUUUGUUUUAUUUUCUGAAACAAACUCCGGUCCGCACUUCUCUAGUCUAAUUAUAAUUUAGAUAUACCUUUUGUAAAUCUCAUUGAAAAUAAAAUUUAAAAAAAAAUAAAAAAAA